AUCUGCUUCAGAGCGGAUUCAACCGCCAAGUAAGUUACAUUUUGCAAUGUCAUGCUAAAGAAGUUUAUGAUCAGUUUAUUUAUAGAAAACUGGAUUGGCGUGGGCACAGAGACAUAUGCCGCUGGAUAUAUGAUCUGAAAUGAGACCCUGUCGUGUUUUUUGAAGGUAAUUCCCGGUGAUUUUUGAGCCGCUGUUAUUACUGUAUAACGUUAGCUAAUGUUACACAGUGAAGCCAGAAGCCUCAUGUUUUCGUCAAGCCAAGAGGAGCACUGCGCCCCGUCCAAAGACCCAGUGAAAUACGGGGAGCUGGUGGUGCUAGGGUAUGUAUGUAUGUCUAUAUAUCUCUCACAAUGUGUAGCAUGUUUUAAUGAGUUGCUUGUUAUAUUUCAGGCUGUGAACUGUAAAGGCCAACACAGCAUCUCCUACACACUGUCCAGGAACCAUACGGUAGUGGUGGAGUACUGCCAUGAUAAAGACACAGACAUGUUUCAGAUUGGGCGUUCCACAGAGAGUCCUAUAGACUUUGUGGUGACUGACACAGUAGCAGGAGGCCAGGAGGGAGAGGAGACUCCCAUCACACAGAGCACCAUCUCCCGUUUUGCCUGCAGAGUUGUCUGCGAGCGUAUCCCGCCUUUCACUGCUCGCAUCUACGCAGCUGGUUUCGAUUCUUCCAAAAACAUCUUCCUUGGGGAAAAAGCCGCAAAAUGGAAGAACCCUGACGGUCACAUGGAUGGACUAACUACCAAUGGCGUGCUGGUAAUGCACCCAAAGGGUGGCUUCACAGAGGAGUCAAAGCCUGGCGUAUGGAGAGAGAUCUCGGUUUGUGGGGAUGUUUACACACUGAGAGAGACCCGCUCAGCACAGAUCCCAGGCAAACUGGUGGAACAUGAGAGUAAUAUACUGCAGGACGGCUCCCUGGUGGAUCUAUGUGGAGCCACUUUGCUGUGGCGUACUGCAGAAGGCCUCUUUCACACUCCCACCCAAAAGCAUCUGGAGGCUCUCAGGCAGGAGAUCAACGCUGCGCGCCCUCAGUGCCCCGUGGGUCUCAACACACUCGCCUUCCCCAGCAUGCAACGCAGCCGCGCCCUCUCCUCUCUGGAGGACAAGCAGCCUUGGGUCUACUUGGCCUGUGGCCACGUGCACGGCUACCACAACUGGGGCCACCGUUCAGAGCAGGAGCCCAACACUCAGCGAGAGUGUCCCAUGUGCCGAGUGGUCGGGCCCUACGUGCCACUGUGGCUGGGCUGUGAGCCAGCCUUCUAUGUGGACACAGGUGCACCCACUCAUGCCUUUGUGCCAUGUGGACACGUGUGUUCGGAGAAGUCAGUCAAGUACUGGGCAGAGAUCCCUCUGCCCCACGGCACCCACGCCUUCCACGCCGCCUGCCCCUUCUGUGCCACCCAGCUCAGCCUCACUCAGGGCUUUUCCAAGCUAAUCUUCCAGGGCCCGGUGGACUGAGCUGAAGGGUCCUGCUCCGGCAGAGAAGAUUAGACAGGAAUGCCAACAUGCUGUGAAACUGUUCAGAUUAUUUUGUGCUUUCUUUUGUUCAUGUAAGCCAGCUGUGGAAAGGAGUAAGUCUUCUCAAGUUCUGGUCAUAUACUGUGGAUUCUGCACAACAGAGAGCCAUUACAUUGUUCAGGGCCUCUUGUGGCUAUUUAGAUGGCCACUGUGGGAUACAGAGACAUGGAGCACACUGGACCGCAGAUGCUUUGCUCCUCCAGAAUGAACUACUGUUUCAGCUAUCUGUCAACCAACCACUUUAAACAAGGCUGUUUUUAAACUACAAUGAUUGCUGGUUUUCCAUCGGAGGUCCGUAGAAUUAAGGUUGUAGAAGGAGUUAACUGAUUUUACUCAUGAAUUGGACUGAACCAGAUAACAAUGGUGUAUUUGGAUCUGUUGGGUGGGAGAAGGGUUUAUAGUUAAAUUCCUGGUGGGUCUGAGACAGCCAGACAGCUGGACUGUUGGCUGGGAGAAAAGCCCAGAGAAACAUGGUGUCUAUGUCUAACUAGUUAAGUGCUCCCCAUUGCCCUGCUGGCCCUGAACCCCUAAUGGCAUCUAGAUCAUGUAGCUCUCUGGAUUUUGGCUUCCAUUUGCUAAACGAACUUUGAAAAGACUUUUUGUGUACAGAGAUAUAAUCCAGUGCCUCAAAUCCCAUUAAAUGGUGGGAAUAUUUUUAAUAAAUGAGAAUAGAUAUUUUGUUGAAGGCAAAGGGAGAGAUAGUUUUGCAUACAUGAGACCUAAGGAAAUGACAGCCCACAUGGAUUCUUCAACACAUUUUUAUCUGACCGAAGAGGUAUUUUAACUACACUGAGGCCCUUGUACUGUUUUGUAAUGCAAAUGUUAAUAUAUUUUUUCUCCUGCAUAAAUAAUGUGUGAGAAUGUUUGAGAGUGUGUGCAUGCAUGUGUGAUUGUGUGUGUGUGUGUGUGUGUGUGUGUGUGUGUGUGUGUGUGGGUUGGACUGCGUGGGUGCCCUUGGGCUUUGUUUAAAUCGCCCUGCAUCAUUUCACCCCAAUCUCCUUUUCUAUCUCACCCACCACCCAAAACACUACCAGAGAACCAGGGAUUAAACAACCUUGCAGGGUUUGACAAUGAAUGUACUGAAAUACAUUGACUCUCCUCACUGGUAGUGCUUCAAUUAUACAACUUGCUUUCUCAGUGGCUGUGCUGUUAAAGGUAGAAGUAAGGCCUAUUCACAGUGAAAGAUAACAUUGGAACUGUACUACCAAAUGCAUCAACCGCACCCGCUUGCUAGCUUGCUGUGUCCCUGCCCCACACGUACUGUAUUCAAUCUGCCCUGUUGUUAGCUUUAUCCCACGCUGGGUCUGAUCCAAUGAUUUGUACGCUGUCAAACCUGGGCACAGUCUCAGCAGCAUCCAGAGAUUAUACCAAAUAUAUGGAAGAUCUGUUUCUCCACAUGCAAGAUGUAACGACCACUCUCUCCGAUCCAAAGUGUUUGAGUAAACAAUCCUAAACCCAAACUGCUGCUAUGGUGGAAUGUUGACAGCUCUGGAUUACAGUCAGGACUGUUCAGCUGCUCGCAACCAGCUCCAUUGGAAUAAUGAUAUUAUCACACACCAAGCCAAAUUUGGCAAGUUAUUGUGUGUAGAUGAGUCAAGUUGUCCAAAACAAAGUAGCAGAUGAAUUGAAACUAAAGAAUCUGGGACAAAUCUGUGCAUUCUUCUGUGAUGUUAGCGUUCCAGACUGUGCCCAUAUGUAGAGUGUAGUUGAAAGCAUUAAUUCUGCCUCUCGUUUAUCAAAUACAAUAUUGAGCAUUAAAAUGAUGAUAUUUUGAGGGUAAUGUUCCUGUUAUAGCUUUUAAAUUUACUUCAGGUUACAUUAUGAUGAAUACAAUUCAAAGGUAUCAAGGGGCAGAAUCCACAUUGACAUACCAAGCAUAAAAGUAUCUGCAGCAUUACGCUUCACUUCUACCACAGAGCAUUUCUGAAUCACUGGAUUUCUUCAGAUUUUAUGUAACUGCCAUCAGGGUCAAGUACUAUGCCACUUACACACAUAUACAUGUACAGUACACAUAAAGUAGCAUUCCUCUCCAACACUCUGCUCCAACACUGUGCCCAUUGCAUAAGACUGUGUUCUGUAACAGCUGCAGAGUAGCUGCCUCAAACAUUCCUCCUUGGUAAACAUGGGUGGGGCCCUCCGUUCACCCAAGGGCUUGUUCUAUGAUUUUGUCUUCUACAGGAACUCUGUACACAAGCCAUAGAACGCACUGAUGCUCCCAAUGCCUCCUUUGCAAAGAAUAAAAUAUUUUUUAAAAAUAA